GCGUUCUGUUAUUUUGCCAUGGCCUCCUCUUCCUUGCCAGAAAAAGACAGCUUCGAUGCUGCUCCCCUUUCUCCUCCUCAAGCCCUCCCUUCUUCCCCUUCGCCAUUUCUCAAUACCGUGUCCCCUUUAACAAGCGUUUACAACCGAUUCUACGAAUGGCGCAAGUCAUUUGACUUCCCCAAUCCUGGAACGGUCGAAAACCUUCAAAAAGAGGUAAAAGCAACGCACUUGACGAAUUUCAUAUUCGAUGGCGCUAGGGCGGACCUCACGAAAAGUUUGUCAAUGAACCCGGCUUUCCAAGUUACGCAUGCAUUCGCUCUUGGCUCUCAAACGAGUGCACCAUCAUACAACUUUGGUGCUGUUUUCGCUAACCAGAAUGUAUUCCUGCAAGGAAGCAUAGACCACGAUGGCAAUGUCAACGCGCGCAUGAACCAGGGAUGGUCAGAAAGCAAUGUUACGAAGGUCCAAGCUCAGCUGUCAUCUCAACCUGGACAUAAUAUGGUUCAAAUGGAGCACGACUACCAAGGCCUGGACUACACAAUUAACGCAAAAGCUAUCAACCCUUGGCCUACAGAUCUUACCGGCAUGUUCAUUGGCAACUAUUUGCAAUCUGUGACCAAGAAUAUCGCUGUUGGAUUCGAGACCCUCUAUCAACGGCCAACCCCGGAACUCGCAGAACUCACCACAUCGUAUCUUGCGAAGUACACGAGCACGGAGAAAAACUGGAUUGCCACUGCUCAAAUCCAGCCCGCGGGUAUCCUUCAGGCAACGUAUUGGCAGAAACUGAGUGAAAAAGUGGAGGUCGCGGCUGACUUGCAGCUAAUUGCGGCACCACAACGGAGAGAUGCGAUUACGACGCUCGGUGCCAAGUACGAUCUUCGCAUGUCAACAUUUAGGGCGCAACUGGAUUCGACGGGCAAGGUAUCGGCGCUGCUCGAGCAGCGAUUUGCACCAACUUUUGCGUUUUUGGUUUCUGGUGAAAUUGAUCACUUUAAGAACUCCGCCAAAGUCGGGCUUGGUGUAAUGAUUGAAAGCUCUAGUCUGACGCCGGAGGAGAUGGGGAUGCCUCCCCAACCAUAGUUUUGCAAAUAUUAUAUAGAUCUUAAUUACCUGGACAUUAUUACAGGCGCACACGCUACUCUCACCAAUAAGCAACCACAGUCAAGUUAGAAUUCGUCAAGGUUAUUCGUGGAGUGUCUACUCUUUCCUAUUCUUAUAUCGUGGCGUGGAAAUGUGAUCAUGAUGCUCGUUGACGUUCUUUACUUAUG